CAGUGCCAACUCACCUUACCGGGAAAAAACAACCAGUGACCAUCUAUUCUCUGCAAAACUUUCUCACUCUAAUAAGUCUCUCUCUCUAAAACUAAUAAAUCUUCCCAUUUUCUCUCUCACCGGCAAUUGACCAAUCGCAUCGCCGGAAAAUCAACACAUCACCGAGUAUAUACAUAUAUAUGUAUAUAUCUCCUCUCUCAUUGAUUUGUUGAUUCGCAUAAAUCUUAGAGAGAGAGAAAGAGAUCGACGAGAAUGAGUUUCGUUGAAGAGAAUGACGAUGGAAAGGAUCUUAGAAAACCGUUUCUUCAUACGGGAAGUUGGUAUCGCAUGAGCGGCAUGGGUUCGAGGCAGUCCAGUAUGAUGGGUUCGACUCAGACGAUUCGUGACCGCUCAGUCUCUGUUCUGGCAUGUGUUCUAAUCGUUGCUUUGGGUCCUAUACAGUUCGGUUUCACGAGUGGUUUUUCUUCACCUACGCAAUCUGCUAUCACAGCUGACCUAAAUCUUUCAGUAUCCGAGUUCUCUUUAUUCGGUUCUUUAUCGAAUGUGGGUGCAAUGGUUGGGGCAAUAGCUAGCGGUCAGAUUGCCGAGUAUAUUGGGAGAAAAGGGUCUUUGAUGAUUGCUGCUAUCCCUAAUAUAAUUGGUUGGCUUGCUAUAUCAUUUGCUAAAGAUUCUUCCUUUCUGUACAUGGGAAGAUUGUUGGAGGGAUUUGGUGUGGGGAUAAUCUCUUACACGGUGCCAGUAUAUAUAGCUGAAAUAGCGCCUCAAAACAUGAGAGGGGGGCUAGGUUCUGUGAACCAGCUUUCUGUUACGAUUGGAAUAUUGCUGGCUUAUUUGCUGGGGCUUUUUGUUAAUUGGAGAGUACUUGCAGUUUUGGGAAUAUUACCAUGUCUAAUUUUGAUACCUGGCCUAUUUUUUAUUCCAGAAUCCCCUCGGUGGCUGGCAAAAAUGGGAAUGACAGAAGAUUUUGAAGCUUCUUUGCAAGUUCUUCGAGGAUUUGAUACUGAUAUUUCCGUUGAAGUAAAUGAGAUCAAGGGCUCUGUAUCAUCAAGAAGCAGUAGAACUACAAUCCGAUUUGCUGAGCUCAAACAAAGAAGAUUAUGGUUUCCUCUGAUGAUAGGAAUUGGAUUACUUGUCCUGCAGCAGAUAAGUGGAAUUAAUGGUGUGCUUUUCUAUUCCAGUACCAUUUUUGAAUCUGCUGGGAUUUCAGCAAGUAAUAUUGCUACACUGUUACUUGGUAUUAUCCAGGUCUUUGCCACCGGAAUUGCUACAUGGUUGGUCGACAAAGCAGGCCGUAGGGUUCUACUCAUAGUCUCCUCCUCUGUCAUGACUGUUAGCCUCCUAGUUGUUGCAGUUGCAUUCCUUUGGAAGGAUUUUGUAUCGCAUGAUUCUACCUUGUAUAGCAUAUUGGGCAUCAUAUCAGUGGUUGGAGUAGUGGGCAUGGUAAUUGGGUUUUCUCUUGGAAUGGGCCCUGUUCCAUGGGUUAUAAUGUCUGAGAUUCUUCCUAUAAAAAUUAAAGGCCUCGCUGGAAGUGUAGCAACACUAUGCAAUUGGUUCUUUUCCUGGGUGAUUACGUUGACUGCAAACUUGCUUUUAACAUGGAGUAGUGCAGGAACCUUUCUUAUUUACAUGAUUAUGUGCGCUUUCACUGUGGUAUUUACGGCCAUUUGGGUACCCGAGACAAAAGGAAAGACUUUGGAAGAAAUUCAGCGGUCCUUCAGAACAUAAUUUUUUGGUCUCUGUUUCUUUACAUUCUUCUUGUUGCAGAAGCAGCCAUUUUCGGCACUUCCAAUUCUGUAAUAUCCAACAGAUAAAGCGAAAAUGCAAAUAUGUAAAUUUUUUCUCCCCCCGGUAUAAAACAGGUAUGAUUUUGUGCCAGCACCUUGGUUUAUUCUGGUUUGUAUUAUCACAAGGCUACACAAAUUCUUCAUAUUAUUAUUUUUUGUA